AUGAGUAAACGGUUUCAAAAUCUAAAUAAGUAUAGGAAUGCAUUUCCAACUGUCAUUAAGAAAGAGGAAUGGUAUGCAGAUAUACCCAAAGGUGCCUCUUCUUCAGAUGCUUCAAGUCUCAUUCAAGUGAAUCAUCGCUGGAUAGCUGUUAAAUGGAGUGGACAUGGUGGAUCUAUUGGCCUCUUGCCACUUGACAAGCCAGGAAAAGCCUGUUCCAACAAUGCUCGUGUAUUCCACGCACAUGGAGCAUCCCUAUCAGACUGGUGCUUUUCUGAAUUUGAUGACUCUUUAUUAGCAACAGGCGCAGAAGAUGGUUUGAUCAAAGUUUGGAAAAUAAAUGAAAAUGAAGAUCCUUCCUGUCAAAUGUCAGCAAAGACGCCUUCAAGAAGAGUUGAUAUGAUAAAAUUUCAUCCAGCUACAGAUCAAAUCGUGACGACACUUGGUAAUGAUGGUAAGAAAGUGUGUAUUUGGGAUAUUGAAAAAUCUAUAAGUGCCAUCGAGAUAUCAGCCGAGACUCCUAUGCAUUCGUUCUCUUGGAAGGCUGAUGGGUCAUUAAUGACAACGUCGGGUAAAUCAGUGAUUAACGUUUGGGACCCCAGAACGGUUAAAGAGCCUACUUUGUCUGGGUUUGGCCACGAGGGCAUUAAAGGAUCAAAGGCUAUGUGGCUGGGAGACUCCAAUUGUAUAUUUAGCGUUGGUACAGACAAGAUGCGGUCUCGCCAAUAUGCUUUAUGGGACAGCCGUAAUCUAUCCCAAGCACUAGUCAUGAAUCAACUCGAUUUCUCUACUGGAAUAUUGUUACCUCUUUUCGAUGAAGACACAGAAACUGUUUACAUCCUCAGCAGAGGAGACUCAAACAUUCGAUCAUUGCAAAUCUCAGAUUUACACACAAAACCAUCUAUUGAGCUCGUUACUACUCACGGACCCAAUGAAGUUUUAUAUGGUGCAGCUUUACUUCCAAAACACUCCUUAAAUGUGAUGCAGGCCGAAAUCGCUAGGGUUAUGGCAAUCUCUGCCGACUCCAUUAUCCCGAUAUCUUAUCGCGUGCCCAAGAAGUCUUAUCUAGACUUUGAUCCUUCUCUCUUUCCUCAUACCAAAGGAACAGUGUCUUCUUUGACUGGCUCUGAAUGGUUCGAAGGAAAGACUGCAGCCGUUGCUAAGGUAUCUUUGGACCCAGCUAUGCUAGCCCGAGAAAAGGUACAGAAGCCUCAAGAAACUCCUGAAAAAACAGUAAAGGAAACCGUUGAGCUUCCCAUCAAUAACGAAAAUCAAUCGUCUGAAAAGAAGACUGAAGAUAGAACUGUUGAAAGCACAACAGAUGGAAAUAAGACACCUAAAAAUGAAAUACUUGAAGAUAAUGCGUCUGGUGGCAAGCCUUUUGUUCUAGCCAAAGAACCAGUCGCUUCUGCUAAUAAACAUCCAGAAACACCUUUGCCAAAAGAAAAAGAUGAUACAGAAGAAAAGUCAAAGCCCUUAAGUCCUUCUACAAGCGCAACAAAGGCGCCAUCCAAGUAUGGUUCCACGGGAUUGUCUGCAUAUAAAUACCUUUCAGCAAAGGUUUAUCAUCCCAGCACUCAUUUCGACGACCUAAGAGGCCUCAGCAUCAACAAGAGUGGCGACUGUGAUUUGAUUCAGGCAAACGCCAAAUUUAUUGCCGUACCAAUCUCUGGACCUGGUGGUCGUGUUGGUAUUAUCAAUGCACAAAAGCCCGGCCGCCUUCCUACCCAUAUCCCUUGUGUAGUGUGUGGUUCUGAAGUUACCAACUUCAAGUUUGACCCCUUUGAUCAUAAUAGGUUAAUAACCAUAUCACAAGAUAACAGAAUACGUGCUUGGGAUAUUCCUGAAGAUGGAAUUGAGCAAGAUUUAUUAGAACCAAAUUUUACGUUGACAGAUGGAUCUAUGGAUAAAUUACAUUUACUUGAAUUCCACCCCACAUCAAAAGAUGUUCUCCUGACUGUAUCACAAGACUUUAAUAACCAUACGAUUAGAAUAUGGGACUUGAAGGAGCAAUCAGUCAGACUUAAAUUCAAUGGCAUAAACAAGAACAUGGUCUUCACUUGCACUUGGAAUGUGGAUGGCAGUCAAAUUGCUACCACCAGCAAGGAAAAGGUCAUUAGAAUAAUAGAUGCUAGGACCGGAAAGGUGUUAUCUGAGGGACGAUCGCACGACAGCUUGAGGCCAUCGCGUAUUGUAUGGCUAGAUAAGACAAAUGAACUUAUUGCAAGUGUCGGUUUUGGUUUAGGGUCCUCACGCGAAUUAUUACUUUACCGUACCAGCGAUAUGUCAAAGCCUAUAGCAAGCCAAAUGAUUGACAUAUCACCUAGUGUGAUGAGUGUUCAUUAUGAUUUGGAUUGUCGCAUUAUAUAUGUUGCUGGUCGAGGCGAUAGAACCAUACACUGCUAUGAAAUAGAAGAUGAUAAAUUCGUUUCAUUACCAAAGAUUGAAGCCACCUCUCUUCAGCAAGGGUUCGCAUUCUUACCCAAGAGUGCCUGCAAUGUCAAGGAAAUCGAAAUUGGAAAAUUCUAUAGGUUGACCCCAGCAACUAUUGAAGUAAUGGGUGUGCGUGUGCCACGAGCUAGACCCGAGUAUUUUCAAGAUGAUAUCUUCAUUCCAACAUUGGAUGUUGAACAUUAUGCUCAGGAGGCUUCUGACUGGUUCAAUGGCACUAAUAAAGAGUUAAACACUGUCUCAUUGAAACCAGAAGACAUGGAACUAUUGUCAACUGCUCCUCCUCCUGCUUCACAAGUAAGAGCAAAGGUUAAAUUCGAAAUGGGUAAAAAGCUUGUCAGUGAUGAUGAAAGAAGACAGCAACUUAUGGAUCGUAUGUUCCAUAAUGCAAAAGAAGUCGAAAAUGAAGCGCCUCCAGUUGAAAAAGAAGAGGACCCUGAAGUCGCUGAUGAAGAGUGGGACGCUUAA